UAAUGGAAGAAGUAUGAAAAUAAUAUAUAGAUAGGAUUUGCAUUUUAAGAUUCAAAUGUAGGAGAUGCCAACAGCUCCUCCUAAACCAUUAAUAUAAACAUCAACAGAUGAACCAACAAAAUUGUCUGUAGCCUCAAAUUCAGAAUCACUUCCUCUUUAAACAUCAAAUUAUGAUUUAAAUCGUGCAUCUCAUCCUAAGGCAUGCAUUUUUACAUGUCUAUUCAAAGCACUUGCAUUAAUAUUCUAUCUUAUAUUUGGUGAAAGCAUUUGGUCAUUCAUAUUGGUGAUUAUUUUUUCAGCAUUUGACUUUUGGACAGUUAAGAAUAUAACCGGAAGGUAUUUAUAUUAUUAUUAAAUUUAGAUUAUUAGUUGGUUUAAAAUGGGAGAAUAUCAUUAUGGAAGAUGGAACUUCUAAAUGGGAAUUCUACUCUAUUCCAAAUAAAUAAGUAAAUGCAGUUGAUAAAACAUUUUUUUGGACUGCCCAAUUAGGAUUUACUUUGGCUUGGGCAGUGUUUACUUUUUCAAAUAUGGUCUCAUUUACAUUAAUGAAAGUAUUUAAAAUUGUUAAUUUAGUUUGUGAUAGAUGUAAUAGGAUUAUCAUUAUGUUGGACAAAUCUAUUUGGAUACUAUAAAUGUAAUGGAGAUCAUAAAAAGAAAAUGAAAGAUUUGUAAGGUGACAUAACAAGCAAAGUAGUUACUUAAUUUGUGGGUUAAAUGAUGUCUAAAUGA